UGUAUGUCAGGAGCAAGGCUGGACCACGGCCAAGAGGGGUGUGGCCCGGCCACCGUUGUGGGCGGUGUCACCUCUGGCACCUGUCACCGGCCACAGCUGUUUUCCAUGUGGACUCUAAUUAGAUCAUGUAUUCAAGUUUGGAGUUUCGCAACUGGCAUUGCCAGUUCGUUGCCUUGUGUCAGUGUGUUCCGUUCACUACCAUUUGGAGUCGUCAUCGUUGAGGGGUUCCAGGUGAGCUGGAGCAGGGCCCACCUGACAUCGGAAACACCCGGAACUGGCAGCCAAUCGCAUGGAAGAACCCGCAGCACCCAGAAAAUCCAAUGGAAGCGGAGGGAGAACCAGCAAACUCCUCACAGGGGAGCCCCAAACCUGAGAUUUGAACCCAGAACCUGAGAAGUGUGAGACAGCAACCUGUUAACCACUGCUCAAAGCUUUUGUCCUGGAGCUUCUGUGAGAGUGAUUUAUAUUGGUAGAAGGGUGCUGAGGACGACCAAAGAAAAGGUUGAUGGAUGCUGUGAGGGAGGACAUGAGGACAGUGGGUGUUCGACAGGAGGCUACACGGGAUGGAAAAAGAUGACAUGCUGUGGCGACCCCUAAGCGGGACAAGCCGAAAGGAAAAGAAGAAGCAUUCCCACCUAUGGACAACUAUCUGUCACGUGAAUGGUUUUUAUAUCCGGCAGGGAGAAAACCCAUGAAAGCACUGCGUAGAGAUGCAAAUCCCCAAGAUUCAAACCCAGACCUAGGAGACGUGCUAACUGCCUGGGCAGCCUGCUGCGGUCGAUUUUUAUGUUUUCUGCAAAAAAGUGUUUCGAACGUCAGCCCGAGCUGACCAGCGGAACACAAUGCGGUCACAGUUUACUCUUUCUUGACAGGUGCGAUGGAUUUCAAAACCCGUUCAAGAAAAUCUUGUCCGGGAACGUACUUCAAGGACUUUUAACGUUAUUUUUAGGAGGAGGAGAAAAGAGGAAAUACCAGCUGGGAAAGAAGUUAUUUUUCAAAAUCAUUGAUUUGCAACAGGGUUUGAAAAGGAAGCAGGCUUCACAGUCAUGUUGUCACAUGGUAGUGUGAAGCGGGCCGCCACAUUUCAACUGUCCUCGAGCCUCUCCGCGAUCUUGGAAAUCAGUCAAGUUUGUGGCAACCAGAGGACAUCUUCCUUUUCCCAUAAACGCUUUCAUGGGAGUGGCAAAAUCUGCAGCCGGCGCGCGCACACUUGCGGUAUUCCCUGAAAACAGAUCUGUGAACAAAGAGCGGUGGCAUUCCUGGGACUUUAUUCGCCCCUGGACGCUACAAGGGAACGCGCUCGUGGAAGCUGGGAACGCAAUCUCGGGGGCGCUUCAUAUUGCAUGAGAAUCAAGCGCACAACAUCUUGAUGUGGCAAAGUGGUUCUCAAAAUAUUUAAGACUUGUGGUUUAUAACGUAAUCACGCAAUCAUAUCUUUACGGCGUAGGGACUAUGAACUCGGAACUUACAAAAUGUAGGUGAAGGUGAAUGGAAAACUUCAAAGACACGUGAGCGAGGCCUCAGGUUACAACAAAAAGUAUGUUGAUGUUUUAGCUGUUUGACGUUUGGACCCUUAUCGUUUUCCUUUCUGUCUUUUCGACCCAUCAGAUUUUGGCUCUGAAUGCCUCGCGGCGCUAACGAUUAUCUUAGCCACCAGUCAAUUUAGUUCAAUUAAAUUUUUAUAGCACCAAUUUGUGGUUAUCGCAAAGCCCUUUACGCACGGAGAAGGUGAAUAAUGGAGCUUGUUUAUCAAAACCGAUACGGGCUAAUUUCUUUAUUUUUGGCGAGGAAAUCUACCCUAACGAGCACAAAAGCGAGAGAAAAUCGAUGCAUGGAUGCCACCCCCGGGGAAACUCAACCACGAGUUAAACAUUAUGUCAAGAGGAGGGUGAAAGUUCAACACGGGCUGCCACUGCUUGCGAAAGUUUUUCUAUGUAUUCAAAGUCACUGAAGUGUCCCGAGUAAGGCGGAGCCGGACGGCGUCGUGGAAAAGUACACGGGAAUCAUUCCCAGCCGAGGUCAAGAAAGUGAAAGGUCAUCGGGAUCACCGAACGGCGUUCCUGGUUCAGCGCUCGCCGUUCCCAAGAAAUUGUCAGUGAAAGAAGUGCAAACGGCAUGAGGUCAUUUUGUUUGCACCUUUCGCCUGCGGAGGGUCCAAAACUGAGCGCCGAGCAGGACCGGAGCGAAUCUCGGCAUCGUCUCGUCUUGGGCUCCCCCCUGUGGGUGCAAGGCGGUACCGUGCAGUACGACAAGGCCACCCUGAGGCGCCGUGUCAAUCUGAACGUUCUGCCCCGCGUUCAUUUGGAGUGUUUUGGAUCAUCACCAUGACAACGGGAGGGGCAACGCGACAGCUGGAUGCGACCCGUCAUCGGGCCCAGCUUGACCUUUGCGACGAUCAACGCCGACCGCACUUUCGGGACUUUCGGGGGCUUGCGGACGCUGCGGUCGCGGACCAUGCUUUCCCUCUGGUUGUUCCUGCUCCCGUGCCUGGGCCUGGCGCCCGUGGCCCCGGGCGAGAAGGGCCUCGAGUUCCCGCAGUACGACGGCAAAGACCGCGUUCUCCACAUCAACGACAAGAACUACAAGAAGGCCUUGAAGCAGUACAACGUGCUGUGCCUGUACUACCACGAGCCCGUGGCCGACAAGGAGAUGCAGAAGCAGCACCAGAUGACCGAGCUGGUGCUUGAGCUCGUGGCGCAGGUCAUGGAGGACAAAGACGUCGGAUUCGGGAUGGUCGACUCCCAAAAGGACGCCAAGGUGUCGAAGAAGCUAGGCCUGGCGGAGGAAGGCAGCGUGUACGUGUUCAAGGCCGAUCGCGUGAUCGAGUUUGACGGCUGGCUCUCCGCGAACACCCUGGUGGAGUUCUUGCUGGACGUAUUGGAGGAGCCCGUGGAAGUGAUUGACAACGCCCUGGAGCUGAGGGCCUUCGACAGGAUGGAGGAGGACAUCCGCGUCAUCGGUUACUUUAAGGGCGACGACUCCGAGCAUUACGACGCCUUCAAGGAGGCCGCGGAGCAGUUUCAACCCUACAUCAAGUUCUUUGCCACCUUUGACAAAUCUGUGGCCAAAGAGCUGACCCUGAAGCUGAACGAAGUGGACUUCUACGAGCCCUUCAUGGAGGAGCCCGUCACCAUCCCGGGGAAGCCGCACUCCGAGGACGACCUGGUCAACUUCAUCAACGAGCACAGACGGCCCACUUUGCGAAAACUGCGCGCCGAGGACAUGUUUGAGACCUGGGAGGACGACAUCGAGGGAAUCCACAUCGUGGCCUUCGCUGAGGAGGAGGACCCGGAUGGUUUUGAGUUCUUGGAAAUCCUGAAGGAGGUGGCCCGGGACAACACGCACCUGCCUGAGCUCAGCAUCGUGUGGAUUGACCCUGACGACUUCCCCCUGUUGAUCCCCCACUGGGAGAAGACCUUCAAGGUUGAUCUGUUCAGACCGCAGAUCGGCGUCGUCAACGUUACCGACGCCGACAGCGUGUGGAUGCUGCUGGACGACGACGAGGACCUUCCUUCGCCUCAGGAGCUGGAGGACUGGAUCCAAGACGUCCUCUCGGGAAAAAUCAACACCGAGGACGACGACGACGAUGACGAUGACGACGAUGACGAUGAAGAAGACGACGGCGAUGAUGAUGAGUAAUCCACAAAUUUGAUACAGCAGAUUUUCAUAGCGUCGGCAAUUCCAUAACAGAACAUGUGAACAGCGAAAAUACGUGUAAUCAUUCUUGUAUUUUUCAAUACAGUCAACACACUUGUUUGCGGUUCGGUGAUUGAUAAUAAGUCACAUUGCUCAAAAAAAAAAAAAGCCAUGUGUUCAUAAAAACAGUAAAUCAUAACUCCAGCAAACAUGUUUGACCUCAGUCUGCACUCGCUGUCAAUAAAUCAACUUGGGUGCUUCAUGUGUACCUCUUUGAGUAU